CUCUGCUCACACCUCACAUGCAAAAAGUUGGAACUUCCAAAAAGUAGUUUUCUAGUACAGUGGCUUUAAUUUCUCUGGAUCCCAAACACUGUUCUUGGCACCAGUUAGAUCCACCAGGAGAUCCAGAAUCAUGGGGAAUUGCAUGGAGACAUGCGAGAAGAGGCAAGAAACAGAGGAUCAGGAAAUGCAGCAGCAGCAGCAGCAGCAGGGAUAUGAUGAAAGAGAGAGAUCAUCAGCAAGCCCGUUUGUGAAGGAAAGUGGGUUUGAGAAGGGAAGCAUAAGGCUUAAAAUUGUGCUAACAAAGGAGGAGCUGGAGUGGUUCAUGCUUCAGCUGAAGGAUAAAGAAGGGAAGAGAUUGGAAGAUGUUUUCAGGGAGAUUGAAAGACAAAGAGGAAGAGGAAAAGUGGAGGCGUGGAAGCCUUCUCUGGAGAGUAUCAUGGAGAGCCCUGAAGUUAUAGAGAUGGAAAGAUGAGUACUUCAAUUGCAGCCUUUCUUCUUCGUCUUCUUCAUCUUCUUCUUCUUCUUCUUCUUCUUCCAUCGAUCUGUAGGCUCUUGAUGAAAUUUUGAUCAUAUGGGUUGAGUCCAUAUCUGUAAUUAAGUUUUCUUAACUGGUUGAGAUGAAUAUUUUAAGUUAAA